AUGACGAGCAACGACAAUUUAAACCUUACACUGACAUGUGCAAUUUGCUUGGAUAUUGCCUCCGAAGAAAAUGCAGUAGAGACAUCUUGCUGCCACAAUCUGUUUUGUUUACCUUGCAUUGAAAAUGUCGAAUCAUGUCCUACUUGUCGUACUGAAGAUUAUCAAAAGAUUCCUGCUUAUUUUGCCCGUCGUCUGAUUGGCAGUUUAACUGUAUCAUGUCCCAAUGACGGUUGUACAGUUCAAGUUACUCGUUCAAAUCUAGCUAACCAUCUUGCUCUUUAUUGUGCUUUUAAUCAAAUCACUUGUCCGGAUCCAGAAUGCAAGAAUUUUAAAUGUACAAAAAAGAGUUUUCUCAAACAUUUAGAAACUAACCACGAACAAUUUUUACUUGAUAACUAUGUUAAAUUAUGGCAGAAACAAGACGAUACUAAAAGAAUGGUCAUUAUCAAAUCCGAUGAAGAACCAAAUGGUCGUGUCGAAGCUAGUGCAACUAAUAUAGAUAGUACAUUUGAUGAUCGAAUUGAAAAAACACGAAAUAAAUCUAAUCGGUAUGCACGUUUAGGUAGUACAGGUAAAUUUUAUUGUGGUGGUCCAUUAGAUGGUUUACGAUGUAUGUGCUGCAAUAAUCGAUGUGGACCAUCAAAUGGUUGUAAUUGUUCUGCAUGCAUGCUGCUUGAUGUUCAAAAGCGUAAGUUACCACAUGGAUGGUUAGUUAAUUGUGACGGAGCAUCGGCUAGAUGUAGUACCUCAGAACCGUCAAAAUUUUAUUGUGGUAGAAUGGUAAUGGCGCAGGAUUCAAGAACCGAUGGAUAUUGUGGACCUACAAAUGGAGAGCAGUGUACAGCAUGUCAAAAACUCAAUGAACAACGAUAUCAUAGAUAUGGACAAAUUUAA